AGGAUGGGGGCGGUCGACCUCGGACCACCGCCGCACAGCACAGGGCCGCCAUGAUGCCCAUCGCAUUACCCCGCUGUUGGCUUCCUUGCCCCUCAAGCGUAGGGCGACGCCCAGGCAUGAACCGCAUCAAACACGCCGCCGCCGCCCGUUGUUUCUUCCUUCUUGUGUCAGUCGAUACAUUUACCUAUCGAAAUCCAUUGCUCAUUGCCAACAGCCAACAUCUAGAUAGAUUUCUCCCGUAUCCCAUCUUCUCUCUUGCCUGCCGGUUGUUUGUGUGCUUUGUCUGUCUGUCUGCCCUGCCCUGCGCGCCUCCAAGCCCGUCCACCAAGGUGCAUAUAUAUACGUUUGCGUAUAUAGGCUGUCUUUGACGUGGUUGCGAGACUCGAAUUACGUCAAUCGUGCCAUCUGCCAUCGACGACGACGAAAAGCCUCGAGACCCCGACCUCUUCGAUCCCAACAGAUCCAACUUCGUGAUCCCAUCUCCCGCCCGUGCCAGUACCAAGCAGCCAGCCAGCUCUUGAACUCGCGACUGGACAAGAACACCACGCCCCAAACCCCUCCCCCCCCCCCAAAAAAAAA